AUGGCAAUAUUUCCGAUUCGAAUAAAUGAAUUGAAUUUCGAGCGGAAGUUAAUUAUAAAACUGAGUAAUUUGGUGAAAGAUGGGCACAUUUAUCAAAUGAACGACAAUUUGACUAAUGAGACGGCACCAAUUAUUAAAAUGAAACAAUCAUACAAUUUACUUAUUGGUUGUCGCAGAGGUAGUAAUGCUACCGAACGGAAUAUAGUAAUAAUGUUAUGA